AAGGCGUACCCGCUCCUCAUCGUCCGCAUGUUCCCAGACGGGCUGCGCGGGCUCAUGAUCGUCAGCAUGGUCUUGGCCAUGAUAUCGAGCCUGGACUCCGUCUUCAAUUGCGUGUCCACGAUCUUCACGUUGGACGUGUACAAGAGGUUCAUCGACCCCGCCGCGAGCAACACGAAGCUCGUCUGGGUUGGACGCGUCAUGACCGCGGUCGCCGCCCUCGUCAGCAUCCUGUGGCUGCCGAUCAUCCACCACAAUCAGCAGGGCCUCUAUCUGGCGACGCAGAACGCGCUCACGCAUUUGAGCCCGACCAUCGUGGCGGUGUUUCUGCUCGGCGUUCUGUGGCCCAGGGCCAAUGGCGAGGGCGCGAUGGCGGGCCUGGUGAUCGGAUUCGCGUUCGGGAUCAUACGCUUCGUCACCAACUACUGGGCCGACCCGCCGUGCGCCGCCGGCUCUGGCGGCACGUUCCAGUGCAUGAACUUCAACCACAUGGCUUUG